CUAACCAUUUGAGCUUAGAAUAAUUCUACGAUAAAAAUGGAAUAAUCUUUUCUGAAAUCUAUAAUAUCGAAGUCCAGCGGCGCGUUAAUAGCCGCCCGAGAGGAGCUUAGGAGGAGAGGAGGUUAGGAGGAGAGGAAGAGAGGAGGAGAGAUGGAGGAGGCGAUUAAGUGGUCGAGAGAAGUCGACGAUAACAACAGCAACGAUGUGGCGACGAAUGGCGUCUCUGCUAUCAUCCCUGGCUGGUUCUCCGAGAUGAGCCCCAUGUGGCCUGGCGAGGCUCACUCUUUGAAGAUAGAGAAGAUAUUGUAUCAAGGAAAAUCUGAGUAUCAAGAUGUGAUGGUGUUCCAGUCGGCUACUUAUGGAAAGGUUCUAGUCCUUGAUGGAGUCAUUCAAGUUACUCAAAGAGAUGAGUGUGCAUAUCAAGAGAUGAUCACACACCUUCCUUUGAGUUCCAUCCAGAAUCCUAAAAAGGUCUUGGUUAUUGGAGGGGGAGAUGGUGGUGUUCUGCGUGAGGUGUCGCGUUAUUCUUCUAUUGAACAAAUUAAUAUAUGCGAAAUUGAUAAGAUGGUUGUUGAUGUCUCUAAGCAAUUCUUCCCCAACUUGGCAGUCGGCUUUGAGGAUCCACGUGUAAAUUUGCAUAUUGGUGAUGGUGUUGCAUUUCUAAAAAAUGUUCCUGAAGGCACCUAUGAUGCAGUUAUUGUUGAUUCGUCUGACCCAAUAGGUCCAGCUCAGGAACUUUUUGAGAAACCGUUCUUUGAAUCAGUUAGUCGGGCUCUCCGUCCAGGCGGUGUUGUUUGCACACAGGCUGAAAGCAUAUGGCUACAUAUGCACAUCAUUGAAUCCAUUGUCUCAAAUUGCCGUCAAGUUUUUAAAGGCUCUGUAAACUAUGCAUGGACAACUGUACCUACGUAUCCAAGUGGAGUUAUUGGCUUCAUGCUUUGCUCAACUGAGGGACCUCCAGUGGAUUUCCAGCGCCCAGUUCAUAAGAUUGAUGAAAAUGAUGAGUUAAACAAAUGUAAAGGUCCCCUAAAAUUCUAUAACCCAGAGAUCCAUUCUGCUGCAUUUUGCCUGCCAUCUUUUGCCAAGAGGGUCAUUGGUUCCAAAACUAUUUAGUUUUUGGUAGAGCUUCCUUUUCUUCUUUUGUUCUUUUGACCCAAUAAUCUAUGGAAUCAUUAUUUGUAUGACAUACUGAAUCCUUCCGAUUUACUUUUCAAUAGCGAGGAUUUUAGCCAUUUUUUGGGCAGAAUAGCAUGCACUUUCGGUUUUUAAAUUCAUGAGCCUAACAUAAAGCUUCCAAAGCUAA